AUGACGAUGAAGGAUGUGAAGAAGGAUAAGUUUCUAUCGAUACGGCUAGUAAGGUUUCUCAUGAAGGUUACCGGUUUCUGGCCCGCCGAGUCAAAAACCGAGAAACGAUUAAUGAAUGGAGUUUUGAGUUAUACAAUAUGUAUAUGUAGUACAGCUUUGUGGUUAGAAGCAACUGAAAUAUAUCUAGGUAAAGGCGACUUUUAUGCUCUCACGUACACUGCUUGCAGCUCUAUGCCAGUAGUCAUAAUAAUGCUGAAGAUAAUUUUCUUUCUUCGUUAUCGAAAAGAACUGUUGAAUGUGUUAAAGUAUACACAGGAUAAUUUUUGGUACGCACAAUAUGACGAGUACGGCAGCAAGAUUUUGGAAAAGAUUAAUAAAAAGGGAUUAAUAUUAAUGUGCACGUUUACAUUCUUCGUUCAAGGAACUGUUUGCACCUAUAUCCUGACUCCUAUACUCGCGCUCAUUCACUGUGGCGUAUGCUUCUGUUGUUUCGAUAAUCUUUUGGGUCUAUUAAACUUGCACACUGCUGGCCAGUUCAAAAUUCUGCAACAUCGAUUGAGAAAUAUUCUCAAGAAAGUCGAACAGACUGAUAUUGUAAGGUUACUUGAUGAGAAACAGAAGCAGAAAGUAUACGAAAAGCUCAGAGAAUGCGUCAUAUUGCACCACGAAUUGAUCUGGUACAGCGAAAAAAUGGAACAAAUUUUCAUGUACACGACUCUUUGCCAGCUGUUGGUGUCCGGCAUCAUGCUUUGCGUCGCAGGCUUUCAGGUGUUUUUGGCUCGAGGUACUCUGGUUAGACGACUGAUAUUCAUCGCUCAUACAAACGGUUGCUUCGUCCAACUGUUCGUGGUCACGCUGACGGCGACUGAUUUAAUGAAUGAGAGUCGUGCUGUCGGAGACGCGGCGUACAACGCCAAUUGGCAGGUUCUAUCCCACGAGGAGAACAGGAGAGUCAGGAAAGCCGUCCUGAUGAUCAUGAUACGAUCCGCACGUGCUUGUUCCAUAUCCGCUGGCGGUUUCUUCCCGGUGUCUCUUGAAACGUUUAUGGCGGUAUAUAAAUCUGGUGUAUUGAGCACAGCGGCCAAAGGAGACGCGUACGAUUAUAGUCUGUCACUAGGUAAGUGCGCGCCAAUUUUCCUGCUUGUUAGCAUAAUGGGCUUCCACUUAUAUCGAAAUGGCUCGGCUAUUCGGAUGCACUUAAGACCGUGGCGACGUAAGAAAAUCACGAGGUUCGAUAUGACACGAAGUAAGGAGUACCAAUCGGUGAAUAUUACACGUCUCUUUAUGAAAGUAGUCGGGCUCUGGUACGUCGAGACACCGAAAGAAAGAUUGCUUUUGCGUGUCGCGUUCGGCUAUGCUGUUUGGGCGAUCGUCUUCGCCAUUCUCGUCGAGGGCGUUGAUCUGUAUCACUGCUUAGGUGACUUUUACGCUGUCACAUCCAAUUUGUGUGCAACGUUGCUCUUGAUAAUGAUACUAGUGAAGCUAGGUAGCUUCAUGUUCUAUCGUGACAUAAUAAUGGACUUGAUUCAUUUUGCUGAGAAGAAUUUUUGGGGUGUCACUUACGACGAGGCUAGCGCGCAAAUUCUGGAAGCAUACGACAAACUAGGGAUGACUAUGAUCUACACUUUUACAUUGAUCGUUUACAUCGGGACUUUUAAUUACAUCUUCGCACCUUUCUUUGAGCCUCAAGAAAAGAACAAAACAGAGAAAGUUUUACCUUUCAAACUGUGGAUCGACUUUCCGUAUCACUCACCGUACUACGAAAUUACUUACACUAUACAGUCACUUUCGACGUUGCAUUCGGGUAUUUGUACUUUUUGCUUUGACAAUUUUGUAAGUACGUUCAACAUUCACGCGGCCGCGCAGCUGAAAAUCUUGGCUCAUAAAGUGCAAGUCAUUACCGAACAUUGUGUCGAAGAUACGAUGGACCAGAAACGUCCGUUGGAAACGGAUGUUCUGACGUUCAAGAAAUUGCGAGACUGUGUGAAGCAGCACUUCACGCUCAUAUGUUACGUGCGUAACAUGCAACGUGUGUUCGCCAUUAUAUUGCUCGGACAGUUGCUGCUUUCCAGUGUAGUCAUCUGCUUCGGUGGAUUUCAAUUCCUCGCGACGGAUGUGAUUAUCAGAAAGUGUAUUUUUGCCUUUCAUUUCGUGGGCGGUCUUAUCCAGCUGCUUAUUUAUACAUGGACGUGUAAUGAUAUAAUUGUGCAAAGUACAGCUAUCUCUGAUGCCGCUUACAAUUCUAAGUGGUAUCUUUUACCCGAUAAUGAUCUAGGAAGGACAGUGAAGAGAGGGUUAAUUACGAUCAUGAUUAGAGCACAUCGGCCAUGCAUGUUAACUGCUGGGAAUUUCGCGGUUAUGUCCUUGGACACUUUCAUGGGAAUAUUGAGUACAGCGAUGUCGUAUUUUACGUUAUUACGACAAAUGAGUGAAGAUAAUAUAUAG